AUGAGGGCCCUCCGCGAGAAGCACCGGGCAGGGACGGCGCCAGCGGCCGUACGGGACCCUGGCGGCGCCAUCUGCCCGUUCCUGGACGCCUGCGGGCGCGGGCUGCCCCUGCUGUGCACCCUGAACUGCACCGCGGUGCCCGAGGAGGUCCGCCUCGCGUUCGGCCUCACCCACGAGGAGAUCACGCGACUCGCGGAGGCGGAGCCCGUCGGCUGCGAGGGCCUGAGCUUCCUGCCCUACCUGGCCGGCGAGCGCACGCCGAACUGGCCAGGCGCCAGCGGGGCGAUCGUGGGCCUGCGCGCCGGGCACCUGGGGCGCCCGGGCCUGCUGUACCGCGCGGCGCUGGAAGGCGCCACCUUCUCCCUCCGAGCUGGCUUCGACGCGAUGAGGCGGCACGGGGUCGUGGGCGGGGAGCUGCGGCUGGUCGGCGGCGGCAGCAGGAACCCGCUCUGGAGGCGGAUCUGCGCGGACGCCUUCCAGAUGCCCGUGGCGUGCCCCAUCCCUGGCCAGAGAGCGCAGCACUUGGGGGCGCGCUGCAGGCGGCCGCGGUUGUCUCUGGCGCCAGCGACGUCGGCGCCUGGGUGGUGGAGCACCACGACGCCAGGGUGA